GCGCCAAUUCCCUCUCACAAGCCUCUUUUCACUCUGCUCGACCCUUCCAAUCCUGAAUCAACCUUGCUCAUACGACCCUCGAGACAGCUUCAAGCUUGUCCGCUACAAACCCGCCAUCAUGGCCAGCCUCCCCUCGCAGCACCCCACCCUCUCCCUCCACCUCUCCGACGUCACCCUCACCCCGCUCAUCACCUCGGCCUCGUCGCAAUCCCACCUCGAGUCUCUUACCGCCCUCACCUCGAGCGCCCUCUCCUCCCAGACCGCCGCCCAGCGUCUUGGUCUCGGCCGUCCUCAGCGCCUCAUGGUCGAGUACCCGGAGCGCGGGCCCGUCGUCCUACACUCUUAUCUCGACCCCCGCGAUACCGCCGAAGCCAGCGCCGCCGGGAACAAUAACGCCGCAGCAGCAGCAACUUCGAGCCGUCCCGGUUCAGCACCCGGCUCUAGUCACGGCCCCGACUCACGGUCCGAACCGCCACCCGCAAAGGACGACCCACGCUCCGAGGACGCGGCGCCGCUGCUCGUCGGUGUCGUGGUCGCCGGAUCCGCCGAGGAGGCGAGAGAAGCCCGCCGUGCCUCUGCGAGGCUGGAACGCGUGGGUAGAGAGUUUCAGAAGGAGUGGGUGGUCGAGAGUCAAGACCGCGCACACGAGGAUGGGCCCGAAUGACGCGACUCCCCUGCAGCCAGCCAUGUCAGGGACACGCACGGCGUCCGCAGAAACAUGCGCCACGACCAAGACCAAAACCACGAUUACGAAGCGAUGCAAUACAAAUGGGAUAAUACCACGGAGGAACGAACAUGAAGAAAAGAGGCGAGCGAGAAAGAAAGUGUAUGAAAAAUCUUGGUGACAUGGACGCUUGCCAUCCAACUCGAGCCGUCAUCCUUAAAAGAGGAGACGAACUACGAGUAUUUGGGUUUAUCUAUGGAGUAUGCUACUGAGCGAGAUACCUCAGAGGUCGCACAUAGAUCGAUCGGUAUGAUUUUUGGUCCGAGACAGACCAGACCACAUCCACCACAUCCAUCAAACUCUGUUUUUUGCCAUGUCGUGGAAUCAUGGAAAUCACAGAAUCACAUGGCAAGACAUAUAUACCAGUUACAACAACAGACGCAGCAGAUACAGCACAGUUACUUGUUCUAAAA